UAAAUAAACAAAUCCACAAAACAUAACACGAUGUAAACAAAAUUUUAAUAAAAUGGGAGAAACGCAAAGUAAAAACGCAGUCGAGGAAAACCCUCCAGUUUACAUACAAGAAGACGUUAUAACCCGGCUGGAGCGCCAGGUCACCAUGGAGCAGCAGAAGAAAUCUGAAGAGGAUCCGAGGAAAUACUGCAUGAAAAACCCCGACGCAAAAGUUUACCUGUUGGACGGUGAGAGCACGAAAGAGGAUGAGCUUGCGAAGAAUAAAACCUACUGGAAGAAGAGAGUAGACGAUGCACGAGAGCUUCAGGAUAACAUAAAAAAGGUGAUUCAGUUAGAAAGAGACCAAGGGUUCAAGGAUGUGCAAGCCACACUGACAUCUUCGACGGCCGAAGAGAAGGAAAACCCCUGCAAAGAUAACCUGGGUGCCGUAUCAGCCUGUUACAAGGAAAACUCCAAGGAGCCUCUGGUAUGCGACGGGGACGUGAAGAAGUUCAUCACCUGCGUCAAAACCGCGAAAAUGGAAUCGCUGACGUCAAAGAAAGAAGAGGACGUUAAGUGAACAUUUUUUUCUCACAUCUCAAAAUAUGUUUCGAUUGUUUCCAAAUUAUUAAAUAAAGCUGAAAUUUA